AUGGAUUCAAUUCCAGAGGACCUCACGAUAUCCAUGGACCCACAAGCGGUAUCCACACGUGGACGGUCGUCUUUCAGUUGGAUAAGCAAUUCUGAAACAGAUUGGGCACAAAGCACAUUGAGGAGCAGAAUAGAGACAUUCGGAAAGCGUUUGUCACAUUGGUUCGAUACGCUUGACUAUGACGGUGACUACAUGAAUCUUCAAUUCAACAUCGGUAUGGAAUGCUAG